AUGGAUAGCAUGUCGCAACCCAUGUCUGCGGCUAUGCAUCCGACCUCGACAUCUCAGCCGAUCUUUUCCACUCAACAACCAAUGCCUCCCAACCCGAACACCUCAGCAUUGCCUCCCCACGUGUCAUACUGCACAAAUCCUGGUCCGCCGAACGCCCAGCAUAUUCCUGUGUAUGCAGGCCCAAUACCCCCCCAACCUGUUCCUUUCAAUCCUGGAGGUGGAUCAAUAAUUCAGGUACCCCAAUCACAAACUCCGAGGCCUGGAGCACCCAACGUGAUGAUGCCGAGACCGUCAGGCCCCCCGGCGGAUGCAGGUCCACCGGCGUCGUACAUCCCCACUCCGCAACCGCAUGCUCCGCCAUCAGGUGAUUCGACUUUUACUGCCACUCCCCACACUCCUUUUAUGAGAGAUCAAUUAGUGCAGUUGCGUGCUCAAAUUAACGCUUACAAGCUUUUAGCUAAGUCGCAACCUGUCCCGGAAACUUUGCUACUGGCCGCUGAAGGGCGACAAUUUAUGGGGCAUCCGAAUCUGACUAACGUAAAUCCAAAUACGACAGUUACUCAAGCAAACAGUUGGCCUCAAUCGCAGGGUCACGUUCAAUCGAACAACUCAGUUCUAACUGCAACUGCAACAGCAUCUCCACAGCUAGAGUCUCAACGAAAUGCAUCCUCUUUGUCACUCACAUCCAGAACCAGACCGACAGCACAACCGAAUUUGGUAACAGCGCGAAUCGGUCAGUCAGUAGGUUAUCAAGCAUAUCCAGGUUGUCCACAACCGACGGGAUUCUUUGCUUCAAGCGGUCAUGCUUUCGGCCGCAGUCGCUUGACUCCUAUCCAGCGACCCCAAGGACUGGAUCCAGUAGAACUUUUAAAAGAACGAGAACAGAGGAUUCAGUCGAGAAUUGCACAACGUAUUAAAGAAUUGAGCUCCCUAACCGUAUUUUCAACACCGGAGCAGCGGAUUUCCUUAAUGCUGGAGUUGCGUUCCUUGAGACUGCUGAAUUUUCAACGGCAGCUUCGGCAGGAUAUUGUUGCGUCCAUGCGUCGCGAUACUAGUCUAGAGACUGCCUUAAAUGUGAAAGCUUACCGUCGACCAAAGAAACAAACAUUGAAAGAAGCCCGAUUUACCGAGAAGCUAGAGAAACAAAUGAAACAUGAACAGGAGAAGAGGAGACGCCAGAAGCACCAGGAGUUCCUCAACGCUAUUUUGACACACGGAAAAGACUUCAGGGAGUUUCAUCGAAAUGCCAAUAGUCGAAUGGUUAAAAUAAACAAGGCUGUGUUAAAUUAUAAGGCUAAUGCGGAACGUGACAAACGAAAGGAGCAAGAACGAAUCGAUCGAGAGCGUAUGCGUCGUCUUAUGGCUGAAGAUGAAGAGGGGUAUCGUUGUUUAAUUGAUGAAAAGAAAGAUCAGCGUUUGCAUCAUCUCCUUACGCAGACUGACGAGUUUAUUGGAAAUUUGACCAAACUAGUAAGGGAGCACAAACGAGAGCAAAGUAAACAACGAGUUCGCGAAAAGUCUGAGCGGCGACGACAGGCACAAGAAACUGCUUUACAGAAUGCCAUCAACUACUAUCGUCGCCUAGCAGAAGAUGUUAUUCGUUCUGGUGGUCCCCCACCAGCUUAUCUGGCAACUCUACCUUCUACAGAGAAGUUUCCGGAGGAAUUCAAUCAAGUUAACCGCGAUUGGUUAAGUGGGAAAGCACCUGUCGCCAGUAUUUUACUACCUGAGGUGCGUAUUCCAAUGUACCAGACUACAACCAAGGAGAUAUGCGAGGGCGAUUCUGCACCGUUGGCUUCAGAGGUUCAUACCUGGUUGCAAGAACAUCCGGGCUGGGAGCUUCUACCCACGGAUGUCGAUGGGAGCACAAUACAAGAUCUGUUAGAUACAGAGGAUGAACUCAAACGAAAGCGACGUUUCGACGAAGAUGAUGAUGAUGACGACGACAGUGCCAUGGUUCAUGUUGGAACAGAGGAUGACGAGUACAAUAAACGCGGAGAGUCCAGCGCCAACGCACCUCAGUCAUAUUACACAUUGGCUCACGCCGUGCGUGAAGAGGUGAAAGAACAGUCAUCCAUAUUGGUACAUGGCAAACUAAAAGAGUACCAACUGCGUGGCUUGGAAUGGCUGGUCUCUCUAUACAACAACAACCUUAAUGGUAUUCUGGCUGAUGAAAUGGGUCUCGGAAAAACCAUUCAGACUAUCGCAUUGAUCACACAUCUGAUGGAGAAAAAACGCGUGAAUGGACCGUUCCUAAUAAUCGUACCGCUGUCCGUCAUGUCCAAUUGGGCUAUGGAAUUCGACCGCUGGGCUCCGAGCGUGAAGAAAAUAUUGUACAAGGGCUCCCCCCAGGCACGACUGCUGAAUACCUAUUAUACUGCUCCGUAUCGUCUACUCCUAACCGGUACUCCUCUCCAAAACAAACUGCCGGAACUGUGGGCCUUGUUGAAUUUCUUGCUUCCGACCAUUUUCGAGAGUGUAAACACAUUUGAACAGUGGUUCAACGCCCCAUUUGCCGCUACUGGAGAAAAGGUGGAACUAAAUCAAGAAGAAACGUUGCUUAUCAUCCGUCGAUUACACAAGGUGCUUCGACCAUUCUUGUUGCGUCGCCUAAAACGUGAAGUCGAAUCGCAAUUACCGGAAAAAGUGGAGUAUGUAAUCAAGUGCGAGAUGUCUGCACUUCAGCGUGUUUUAUAUUCGCAUAUGCAGUCUAAAGGAGUCAUUCUUACGGACGGUUCAGAAAAGGAUAAAAAGGGUAAAGGCGGUUGUCGUACUCUCAUGAACACUAUCAUGCAAUUACGCAAAAUUUGCAAUCAUCCGUUCAUGUUCUCGCACAUUGAAUCAGCCAUUGCUGAGCAGAACUUUGUUGCGAUGCAUGGUGGCAAUCCACCACCGGGAGUUCCGUUGCCCACUCAAGUGGAAGGUAAAAUGCUAUACCGGGCCUCCGGAAAAUUCGAAUUACUUGACCGCAUUCUUCCGAAGUUAAAGGCUUGUGGACAUCGGGUGCUGAUUUUCUGUCAGAUGACCAGCCUGAUGACGAUUAUGCAAGAUUACUUUGAUUAUCGGAAUUUCCGUUACCUGCGCUUGGAUGGUACUACUCGAUCAGAGGAUCGUGGUGGCCUAUUGGUUAAAUUUAAUGAUGCAUCCGAGGAUAUCUUCAUCUUCCUUUUGUCCACUCGUGCAGGUGGAUUGGGGUUGAAUUUACAAGCCGCAGACACUGUCAUAAUCUUCGAUUCAGACUGGAACCCGCAUCAGGAUCUGCAAGCUCAAGAUCGAGCCCAUCGUAUUGGACAGCAAAAUGAAGUUCGGGUGCUCCGUCUGAUCUCCAUUAACUCAGUUGAAGAAAAAAUCCUUGCUGCGGCACGGUUCAAAUUGGAUGUCGAUCAGAAAGUCAUUCAAGCUGGUAUGUUUGAUCAAAAGUCCACGGGCACAGAACGUCGUCAGUUUCUGCAAGCCCUACUCGAGCAGGACGAAGAAGCAGAUGAAGAAGAGGAUGAAGCACCGGAUGAUGAGACCAUCAAUCAAAUGUUGGCUAGAAAUGAGGAAGAAUUCGAGAUUUAUCAGAGAAUGGAUAUGGAACGUCAGUUUGCCGAAAGCCAACAAGCCAGACAAGAGCAACGACUUCUGGAGUAUUCGGAACUUCCCAAUUGGAUUAUCCGGGAUGAAGUUGAGUUGGAAAGAAGUUUGCGUAUGGAAGAAAGUGUGUUUGGAAUGAAACGACAGCGAAAAGAAGUUGAUUAUUCGGACGCUCUAACAGAACGCCAGUUCCUCAAAGCUAUUGACGAGGGUAGUCUGGAAGAAGCAGAAGAACGUCAACGACAAAAGCGUGCUGCAAGAAAGAAGCGAAAGCGUAUCGACGAUUCCAGCUUCAUGGACGAUGCAAGUUCGGAGGCUGGCAGUACGUCAAUGGCCGCUCCGCCAACAGCCAAACGGCGCCGUGGUCGUCCACCUCACAGUUCUGGAUCCACAGGUGGACGUGGUGGUGCUUUGUCACCCAAAUUGGUCAAAAAGAUGCAAAGGUUAUUGGAUAUAAUCAUUGAAUACAAAGAUAAUGAUCAACGAGUCCUUAGUGAACCGUUCAUGAAACUUCCGACACGAAAGGAGCUACCUGACUAUUACGAGGUUAUUAAGAAACCUAUGGAUUUCCAUCGCAUCAAACAACGCGUUCGUGAUGGGAAGUAUCAUUCCGUCGAUGAACUGGAAGCUGAUAUCAUGCUUUUGUGCAAGAAUGCGCAGACCUACAACAUGGAUGGCAGUUUGAUCUUUGAGGAUUCCGUCGUUUUGCAAUCGGUCUGGACCAAUGCACGAGAACGACUGGAAGAACUGGAGUCGCGCCAGCACAGUGAAUCACGUCAUCAUCACUCGCAUCAUCAUCAUCACCACAGCCAUAGUCAGCAACAUAAUCAGUCACAAGCUUCACACAGUUCACAUCAUCGACAUCAUCAAUCAAUUGAGGACGAGGAUGAUGAGGAAGAGGAGGAAGACGAUCGUGAAGAAGAAGAGGAAGCCAGUGAGGGCUCUAAGGUCAUCAGUUCAGGUGGUCCGGGAUCCACGCGUUUUGUUCUACGCACGGGUGCUGGAACUACCACAGCCACGUCAACACAGCCUUCUGGAUCUGCGACGGUGGUUGAGCAGAUCAAUAACGAAGACAGUCUGGGCGGCUUGGACGAUGACUUAGAUGAUGAAGACGAUACAAUGGAUGGCCCACCCGAUGAUGACGACAGCGCCAGUCGGAGCUCUUUUAGUAGCAAGGCCAGGCGGGCAGGACGCAAAGGCGGCUAUUCUCGUCCGAAUAACAGCACAUCGAAUAGCAAUGGCAACAGCCAUAGUGCAUCUGCUAGUUCCACUUCAAAUGCACGACUGAUCGGUUCAUCCGGGAACACGUCUCGUCCAGCCGCUCAGGGUGCUUCCGAGUCCGGUAGUGUUGCUGGAACAUCGUCUACUGACGUUGCCUCAGCUGUGGGCACCGGAACGGGUAGCGUUGACAGUUCUCUUCCACCACGCAAAGCACGUGCUCAUAAACGGGUGCUGGUUGUAGAUGAUGAUUCUGAUGAAGACGACGAGGAUUCGGACAACGAUAUCGGAGAUGACGAUCCCGAUGAUGAAGACUUUUAG